AAAAGGCGGCUCUCGUCCACCACCAGCAGGCGGUGCCAGAGGAUGCAGCAGCUGCGCAGGCGCUUGGACUGUGCUGGCGGCGCAACAUCGGCUUGGUUCCGGAUGAGGAUUCUGUUUCCGUGAGCGCCGCCGUGGUUCUGAACGGACAGCUCCGGCUCAUCGGGGGAGCCGGCAGCAGAAAUGUACAUCAGGAUGUUCAAGCUCAGGCUUCUUAACGCCAUCGCACCAGCUUACUUCUUCACUGCAACCAUAGUAACCUUUGUCCUGCACUUUUAUUUUUUCAUACCCACCAUUUUUAAAGCCCCUGGAGUCAGUCUCAAUGGCGCCACCUUGGUCCACAGUGCCGUCAUCCUUUAUCUGAUGCUGAAUGCGCUGGGUAACUACAUGAUGACUAUUCGGGACUCGGCGGAGAGCACCAACGAGAACGUGAUUCCGGUUUGCUCGCCGGACUGUCCAGACAAGGUGGACGCCCACUACCUACUCAAUGGACGCCACUUCUGUAAGCUCUGUAAGAAAGUGAUUCUGAAGCGGGACCAUCACUGCUUCUUCACUGGGAACUGCAUCGGCAACAGGAACAUGCGCUACUUCAUUAUGUUCUGCAUCUACACCUCGUGCAUCUGCUUGUAUUCCUUAGUGCUGGGGGUGGCGUUUCUCACCGUGGAAUACUCCAUUUCAUUCGAGAACCCCUUAACCUUCCUCACACUUCUGCCGCUUUCCACUGGCUGCUUCUUCCUAGGUACCAUUCCGGGCCUCCAGUUCUUCCUGGUGCUGAUGCUGUACGUGUGGCUGGGCAUCGGCCUCACAUGCGCUGGCUUCUGCCUGCAGCAGGUGCUGCUGGUGGCCCGGGGCCAGACCUGGUGCCAGUUGCGGCGGGGGCAGCUGGUGGAGAGCCAGCACUCCUGGAGGGUCAACCUGAGCGACAUCUUCGGGAGCCGCUGGGUGCUGGGCCUCUUCCUGCCUGUCCAGACUGUGGAGGCCCCAAUGGGGGACACAAGUCACAAGCAUGACUAGACCUCACGGAGGUGCUCUAAGGAAAGGUGGGGGUCUCCUUUGUAGACAAAACAUUCCCUGAAACAAUGAGACUGUGGCCUUUAUCCAAUGAUUGGGAGAAAUUAGCCUUCAAAACCCCCAGCUGGUGGGAUUACCUUGUGCUGUCAAUAACUGUGUGGCAAUAACUAACUUCCCACUGGUCAUUUUAUUGGUUCUCGUUGGGUUGGACCCUUGACUGACAGUGUAAAAUAAUCCCGCUGUGAAUCACUGGAGUCUUGUUGACCCCAUCAGCACCAUUCUCAUUGUUUCAUAAGAGUCGGUCCAGAUGUAGCCUUACCAGCCUGUCCAUCACCUCGCAUUACUUCUUGUUUUUCUGCAUUUAUUGCUGUGUGUUUUUUUUUAACACAUCACAGCUGAAAUUGGUCCCCAAGCAAGUAGCCAAUGUGAGCCAGCAGCUGUGCUGGGGCCUUGUGUCCUCGGGGGGGGGGGAGGUGGCGUCUACUGUGACCCUCGAGAAGGCGGCUUCUCUCCGAUUACGUGCCAGGAAGGUGCCCGUUGGCGGCAUACACUUUGAAAGGCUUUAAAAGCAAUUAAAAAUGCGACAAGGACAUCGCUAAUGAGUCAUGCUCAGUGUUGAGUCAGUCUGCCCUGCUAUCCAAUGGUUGGGGGGACAUCAUAUUCACUUACAGUAAAUGUAUGUUGCGUGUUACAGUCUUUAGUACCUAGAACUCCUCUCAUUUCACUGGCACUUGCUGGACGCAGGUUCAACAUGUGCCAUUCUCCAUUGCUUUCACUUUUAGCACUGACCAUCCUUAGUUACACAUCAGCAUUUGGCGUCCAAUGAAUUAAAAGUUUUGAUUUAUAUUUCUGUCCGGGAUUAUCUCAAGUGAAUAUUCCCGCAGUCUUUUCAGUAUUUUAGGGAUUGUCAGCUUUCCAAAUGGGUUCCUCAAAAAACAAGAUGGAAAAUGAUACGUCUCUUAAAAUCAGCAAUGAUUUUGUUAAGGGGAGGAAAAACACAAUAUCAGAUAAAACCCUCUCCAGUGGGGGUCCGGCGGGCUCCGAACCUUUUUUUCUACAAAAUGCAUUUGGGUUCAACAAAAUAUAUAUAUUAAAAAAAACUAAACAUAUAAAAAAACUGGACAGUCAGAAUGGGGGGAGGGGCUUUGCACUCAUUGAGCUGCAGGACCAUAACCACAACAGAAUCACAUUGUCACUGACAAGCACUAGGGGGGAAAAUGCCUGCCAACAUUUUUAGACCUUUCAUAGUGAGUCGAUGUCUGUUGUGUUGAAGUAAGGAAGAAGCUUUGAUUUAGGACACGAGUUUUCACCUUUAUAGAACUAGGGAAAAGUUUUUGUUCAUGCGUGCGCGCGCACACACACACACACACACACACACACACACACACACACACACACAUAUAUAUAUAUAUAUUCUUGAAUUAAAGUGUUUGUUCAAGUUGAAAAUUUUACAGAGAAAUACUUUGUCUACUUAGAACAUGUGCCACUAAGAAAACCUGGAAUAUAUCAAUGCCAAAACAUUGUUAUAAACAGAGACUUACUUACUUGUAUUUACUUGUAUUAUCUUUGACUUAUUUAUUUCAAACCAAUAAAGUUCUCCUGAAACUGAUUCGGUUUACC